CCUAAAGAGGGUGAGAUGGGGCUGGGAGCUGCGCUAGUGUCCGUUCUCUUACUCUGGGCUUUCCAGAAUGGUGACGGGGCUGAAACUAAGUCUCCCUCCUGGGAGACUGCUGCUCUGGGAUUCUCGGCCCCCCCUGUGGUGGCAGUGGUGUGUAAGAAUGAUCGACUGGUAGUGAGUGUGAACAGGGACUUCUUUGGGACUGGGCGGCUGGUCCGGGCUUCUGAGCUGACCCUGGGCCCUGCUGCCUGUGCCCCAGUGUCCUCGGAUCCUCUGAGCAAGACAAUAAUCUUUGAGGUGGCACUUCAUGAGUGUGGAAGUAAACUCCAGAUGAGCCCAGACUCACUGAUCUACAGCACAAUGCUUCAUUAUGCACCAAGCCUUUCCCGGAGCCCACUGGUCCUGAGAAGCAGUUCUGUCUCAGUCCCCAUUCAGUGCAAAUACCCCAGGAGAGAUAAUGUGAGCAGCAGAGCCAUUCGUCCUACCUGGAUCCCUUUCCGUUCCACCCUGUCUAGGAAACAGCAGCUCAAAUUUUCUCUUCGCCUCAUGGAAGAUGACUGGAGUACAGGGAGGACCUCUUCAGCUUUUCAGCUGGGUGACUUGAUCCACAUCCAAGCUGAUGUCUACACUGGCUACCAUGUGCCCCUGAGGCUCUUUGUAGACAGCUGCAAAGCCACGCUGACCCCAGAUCCAGCCUCUGUCCCCCACUAUGUUGUCAUUGACUUCAAUGGGUGCUUGGUAGAUGGACAAUCCCACGAUUCAUCCUCAAGCUUCGUUUCUCCUCGGCCUGGACAGAAUGUGCUACGUUUUAUGAUAGACUCCUUCAUGUUUGCUCAAGAUGCCAGGAAUGAGAUCUAUAUCACCUGCCACCUAAAAGUCACAACUACUGACCAGGCCCCCAGUCCCUUAAACAAAGCCUGUUCGUAUAAUUUAACAACUGACAAAUGGAUCCCUGUGGAAGGUCCUAGAGACAUCUGCAGCUGCUGCAAAAUGGGGACUUGCACGUCUUUCUCUUCCUCCAGGAAGCGGAGCCUAUCAGAUGAGGAACGAGGUAACCAUUCAGAAUUAGAGGCUGACCUGAUGCUGGGACCUCUGCUCCUCUAUGAGACCGAGAAUGGACCAAGAUCAGGGCAUGAGAACAAUAUUGGAGGCAUCCCAGAAUGGCCAGAGCUGCUGCUGGGGUUGAGUAUUGGGAUGGCUGCCACGGUCUGCCUAACGAUAUGCCUCAUCUUAGGCAGCCGCAGAUAUAAGUAUCCUUGUUCCAGAAAUGACAAGGGCUUUUCUCAUUCUGAAAUAAAGUGAAGGAAAACACA